AUGGUGCGUCGCGGUGACGCGGCGCGCGGGUACAGCGCCGCCUCGCCGAGCCUGUGGCAGCAGCAGCAGCAGGAGGUGGCUGCCGCUGCGCACCUGGCGCAGCCCACCUACCUGCCCAUGGAGUACUCCAUGGUGCGACCGGCGCUCUACGCCUCUCACAGGCCGGCCGGUCACGAGGCGUCUCCGUACCAGCCGGCGGCCAGCGCGGCCAUCUCGCCGCCCAUGUCGCAGGGCCGGCUGCCCUACUCGAGCGGCGCCAGCGGCGUCUACCACCCAGCCGGCGUGGUGGUGACCGCGCCCGGGCCGGCGCCCUCGCACCACGACGUGCGCUGGCAGCAGGCCGUGGCGGCCGCGGCCGCCGCCGCAGCAGCGCCGUCACCCUACUCGGUACGCAACACACCGGUUUGUCUGACCGUCUCGGCGCCCCUGCUCGGUCCGCAGAUGCAGCUGGCGAGGCUGGACGGCGAGCGUGACCGGGUCGACCGGCUGGCCGUGCCCCGAAUGCACCUGCACGACCCGCAUGCCGCCGCUGCCGCCGAAAUAUACGAGCGCCAGCGGUACAAACACCUGGAGGGGGGCUACGGGGAGCGGGACGUUGUGCCGCACCUGGCCGGCCUGCCGGGCGCGCCCUCCUCAGCGGCGGCAGCUGCUGCUGCGGCCGCGGCCGCCCACCACCCUCACCACCACCCGGCGGCGGCUGCCAAGCUGCGCCUGCUCGACCGCGACCGGGAGACGAAGCCGCCGCCGCAGCCGCCGCCUCCGCCCGAGGUGCGCGGCGGUGGCGGCGGCGGUCUGACGGUGUCGUCCGCCUCAGACGUCCGGCUGCCGCUGCACAUCGUCACCAGCGGCGAGGCCGGCGCGCCGCACAGCAUGGUCACCGCCCAGCGGGAGUCGUACAACCCGCAGACGGAGGCUAUCUCGCCGACGCUGCCGGCCGAUGGGCUGGACGAGUCGCCGCUCCGCUCCACCAAGGACGAGCUACUCGGUCAGAUCAGCACUAUCGACAGGGAGAUCAUGAAGGCAGAGUCGCAGAUCGCCAAACUCAAACGGAAACAGAGCGAGCUGGAGGACCAGGCGAGCAAACCGGACGGCCCCGCCGAGGACGAGGACGAGAAGGAGAACAAGAACCGCAGUCUGGCGCAGAUCAUCUACGCCGAGAACCGGAAGAAGGCGCGGCUUGCCAAGGCGGACCUGGAGAAGCUUGGACCGCCGGCGCCGUCGGAGGAGCAGAGCUCGGACGGCGGCUCGGCGCGCCUGUUCACCUCCAGCCAGCCGCUCUACAACCAGCCGUCCGACACGGACAUCUACCAGGCCAACCAGGCCGCCUUCAAGGCGCUCAAGCCGUCGCUGGUGUCGUACGUGCGCCGGCGGCGGCAGCGCCAGGAGAGUCGCGCCCGCGCCGUCGUCGACGCCUACACGGAGAAGAUGACCGUCUGGAUGCGGCAGAUCGAGCGGUUGGAAAGCCUGCCGAAAAAUCGUCAGAAGGCGGCCAAGAACCGCGACUUCUACGAGAAGGUGUUUCCGGAGAUCAAGAAGGCGCGGGAGGAGCGGGAGCGCUUCAACCGCGUCGGCCGGAUGAUCAAGUCGGACGCCGAGAUGGAGGAGGUGAUGGACGGCAUUCAGGAGCAGGAGAACGAGAAGCAGAAGAUGAAGUCGCUGGCGGUGAUCCCGCCGCCGCUGCUGGACGAGAGCCGGCGGAAGUACGUGUUCCACAGCACGGACGGCCUCAUCCAGGACCCGAUGGCCGUGCACAAGGAGGUGCCCAACUACAACGUGUGGACAGAGGCCGAGCGCGAGGCGUUCCGAGAGCGCUACAUGCAGCACCCCAAGCUGUUCCACAUGAUCAGUGCGGCCAUCGAGGGAAAGACCACCAGCGAGUGCGUCAACUACUACUACAUGAGCAAGAAGCAGGAGAAAUACAAGGAGCGGCUGAAGAAGGCGCGCACGCGCGGCAGGAACCGCGGCCUGCCCAAGCCGGCGGCGCCGCUGCCGCCCGUGGAGGUGAUCGGUGCCAAUGUGCAGGGUGUGACCACGCGCGGCUCGAUGGCGGCGCUGCAGCAGCGCGAAAAGGCCGGCGGCGCGACGGCCGCGCCCGGCGCUGCCGUCAGCAGCAUAGUGUCCGACUCUGUGCCAGACGAGAGUGCUCCCCCGGCGCCGGCGGCCGCGGCCGCUGCGGCGCCCUCAGAGAAGCCGACAGCCGCGGCGGCAGCGCCCACCCCGCCGCCGGUGUCCGUGCCGGCGUCGGCAGCGGCGGCGGCGGCGGCGCCACCUCCUGCGACCAACGCCACCGGCGACCAGACCACCAGCAGCGCCAGCGAGACCAAGGCCGGCAAGAAGCGCGAGCGGCGAAAAGGCGAGGAAGAGAGGCGGAAGGCGGUGGUCAGCAGCGACGACGAGAACGAGAAUACCGGGAAGGGCGGCCCGCACCCGUGCGCCGUGUGCCAGGCGCAGCUGGAGCACUUUGGCCAGUCGCGGCCGCUGCCGGCCUCCCACGCGUCCAUCUACGGCCUCUCGGAGCAGGGCGUGCCGGAACAGGCGCGCGUCUGCACCUCGUGCCGCUGCCGCUCCGUCAAACGGCGCUACUCGCACGUCAAGUGUCCGAUCCCCACGUGUCCGACGCCCAAGUUUCGCGUCAAGCGGCUGCGGCCGCUGCCGGCUCGCUGGACGGAGAUCGCGCCCGAGACGAGGCAGGCCAUCGCGCUCGAACUGCAGAUCACGCCCGAGGUGGUCAAGUGCUGUUCGGCGUGCCACAACCGGAUCGCGCGCAAACUGACGCCGGGCGAGCCGGCCGAGGAGCCGUCCCAGUGGUCGGAGGCCGAGAUCGAGCGGCUCCGGUCCGGCCUGCGCACACUCGGACCCGACUGGCAGCGGCUCGCCGAGACGGUCGGCGGCCGCAGCGCCAGCCAGUGCAAACGCUUCUACAUCGACCACAAGCUCAAGCACAAGCUGGACGAGGUGAUGGCCGAGUACAAGCGGCUAACCGGCGACAAGGAGGGCCACGUGGUCGUCACGGACGAGGAGGAGUCGGGCAGCUCCACGUCGAGCGCCGACGACCCCGAGUCCCGGGCCGCCGCCGCCGCCGCCGCUGCCGCCGCCGGAGCGGCCACCAACUCCACGGGGGCCGUGCCGGCGCCGGCCGCCGCCGAGCCGGCCCAGCGCAAGGACAGCGAGUCGACGACGUCUGCGCCCUCGCCGUUCGCCCCGACCACCAACGGCACGCCGAACGGCGAGCUGCCGCCGGGCGGCGACGACCUGGUGCCGGCCGGCGCGUCGGCGGCCUCGCUGGCGGCGCGGCAGGCGCACCAGACGCCGAGUCCCGCCCCGCCGGCAGCCAGCGGCGCCGCCGGGAGCGUGCCGCCCACCGUGACAGUCAACAACAACGACAAGGGAGACAGCUCGGCGACGGUAUCGGCCGACGAGGCGACGAACGACGCAGACGACAAGGCCGAGCCCAAGUUCCUGGGGGCGCGCGCCGGCACGCCCGCCUCCACCAUGUCUGUGUCGCCGCGGCCGACCCUGGCCAACUGCAACAAGGUGCUGAUGGGCGACCUGAUCGACGACACUAUCAACAUGUCGUUCCGCGGCCUGUGCAAGGACCGAGAGCUGGCCCAGGGACCCGGCGCCCUCUCGGCGCCCAGCCUGACCAUCAAGAGCCUGCUGGGCGGCCAGGAACCGUGCGUGUCGCCGCUGGCCAUGACGCGGCCGGCCGCCGUGCUCUCGCGCGCCGACAGCAACGAAGUGCAGGACCUCAGCGUGCGCAAACCGGCGGCGCCGCCGGCCUCCUCCAGCGCGCCGGUGGGUCUGAAACGGCCGCUGGAGCACCGGCCCGGCCAGUCGGGGCCGCCGCCGCCGCCGGCGCACCGGCCGGCCAUGGUGCCGCGCGGCGUGCCCGACCCCCACCGGCUGGAACCUCCGCGCGACACCUACUACUCGCCGGACAUGCGUAUCCGCUCGCCGUCUCAGCCGCCCGUGUUCAUGACGGACCCGCGCGCCGCGCUGGCGCCGCCGCCGCACGUGAUGGCCGCGCCGCGACCGGCGUCACCGGCGCCGCGCGGCCUGCCGCCCAAGCCGGCCGGUCUGAAGCCGGCGCCGCCCCCGCUGACCAGCUCCCGGGCCGGCCCGCCGCCCGGGCCGCCGCCGGCGCACAUGCCCGGACGGCCCGACCCGAAGACCAGCCCGAUCUCGGUGCGCACCGGGUCCGGCUCCAUCACCCAGGGCACGCCGCUGGCCAACAUCCCGCACGUGGCGCCGUACGAGGGCCUGCUGCGCCCGAUGGCGCCCCAGCAGCCGCCGCCGCACCAGACGGCCCAGAAGAAGGGCGGCAGCAUCACACAGGGCACGCCGCUGCAGCCGGACCAGAAGCGCGCCGCGCCGCCCCAGCUCAAGGAGCACCCGACCACCGGCUACGACUCGCGCGGCGUGCUGGUGGUGGUGCAAGACGGCAUGCGGCCCGGCGCCAGCUACGACGGCCGCGUGCCGCCCGAGCACUACAAGGCGGCGGCGCGCAUGUCGCCCGGCGGCCACCCGGGCUACCCGCCGUACGCGCCGGGCGCCGUGUCGGCCGCCUACCACCACCACGCGGCGCAGCACCAGCAGGCCGCGCCGCGCCAGCCGGCGCCCUCGCCGCACGACCAGCUCUCCUCGCGGCAUGUGCUGCUCAACGACUACAUCACGUCACAGCAGAUGAUGGGCCGCCGGGACAGCCGCGGCGGGCCGCCAGAGGUCAAAUCGGAGCCGCGCAGCACGCCCGGCCUGGACGGCCAGCCGCCGCCGCCGUCGCCGCAGCAGCAGUCGCUGUACUUCCCGCAGCCGCCGGCCGGCUACCCGCCCGUCUCCAGCUACAUGCGGCACCAGGCGGCGGCGGCGGCGGCUGCCGCUGCGGCGCGCGACACGCCGCCGCCCCACCAGCAGCACCACCACGCGCCGCCGCCGCACCAGCCGCCGCCGCAGCGGCAGGGCGUCAUCCAGCGGCCGACGGCCAGCCGGCCGCCCAGCAAGGCCGGGCCGUCCGUGCCGGCGCCGCACGACAGCUACCACAAGCCGUCGGCGGCCUCCCAGUACGGCCAGGACGUCAACUUCAGCACACUGGUGGACGUGGCCGUGGCCCAGAGCAGUCUGAUGGUCCCCGGCCGCGAGGAGCAGCUGCAGCGCGAGAUGGCCGCCCGCUACGGCCGGCCGCCGUCCUCCCACGAGCAGCAGCUGCGCGGCACGUACGCGCUCACCAAGGAGGCCAUGGGACAGGCGCAGGCACAGGCGCUGCGCGGCGGCCGGCCGCUCGGAGAGGAUAAGAUCACCACCAUGAGCCUGAUCGACACCAUUAUCAACCGGUCGAUUAACCAGGUGGAGAGCGGCGGCCAGCCGGUGUCCUCUGCGGCCGACCACCCUGCCGACCUGAGGGCCUCGCCGUACAAGGUGUCGCGCAGUCCCGCCGCCAAGGAUGUGCUUCUGCUCGAGCAGCAGAACGACAAGCGCGCCAGCCCGCGCGGCCCGCCCAUGGAGCCGCCGUCGUCGCACGAGGACUCGCGGCCGGCGCGCUCGACGCCGCUGUCGCUGGCCGUGUCCCGACCGGGCCCGCUGUACGCAGCGCCGGGCGGCCGGCCGCCGCAGCAGCCGUACCACUCGCUCGAGCCGCACGCCGCCCGCAUGGCCAUGCUGCAGAUGCCGCGCUCCAGUGCCAGCUCGCUGAGCCCAAUGGCGUACCAGGGCCGGCCGAUGGCGCCGCCCGGCCACCGGCCACAGCACCUGUCGCCGGGCGGCGCCGGCGGCGGCCCGUCCGCCAGUCCUCAGAUGCCAUCCGCGCAGGACUACCCGUACCGCUACCGGAAGGCACUGCCGCCCCGCCAGCCGGAGCCGCCGCCGCAGUCGCCGGCCGAGGCGGAGCGGGCGCGCUACCGAGCCGAGGAGCGGCACAUCAUCCGAGUGGCGCAGAGCGGCUCGCCGGAGCGGGCCAACCACCGGCCGCCGGCCAGCCAGGGCUACCUGCCGCCGCCGCCGCCGCGCCGGGAGACGGUGACGCCGCCGGGGGGACCGGGCGACCGGCCCGACGGCAUGGGCGACCCCUCCAAACUGUCGGCGGCGCAGCAGCAGGCGCUGUGGCUCCAACAGCAGCAGCAGCAGCAGCAGCAGCACCAGCGCCGCUCGGCCUACAUGGAGCCCACCAGCCGGGCCAGCAUCGCCAGCCCGCUCGACUACGUCAAGUACCGGAUCGCCGAGGCUAUGCGCACGCCGGACACGGCCGGCGGCGAGGGUGGCGAGCAGAAGGAGCGGCCGGCCUCGCGCGGCACCGUGCGCCCGCACAGCCCGCACACCACCUACGAGCCCGUGAAGCGCGCCCGGCUCACCCCGGACGCCGGGCCGCCCUCCGACGGCAAGCCACCGUCUGCCGAGCAGAAGGCGGCCGAACAGGCGGCGGAGCGGGCCGAGGCCGAGGCGGCCAGCGCCGAGCAUCUGAAGCGGGCCAUGGCAGCCGGCUACUACCCGUACCAGACGCCCAACGGCGGCCUGCCGCCCGGCUCCACGGCCGGCGACGGCGAGCGGGGUGGCCAGCACAUCGGCAACUCGAGCUACCAGGACAUCUCUGAUGACGACUGAGAACCGACCGGACUGCGACGCGACGCUUAUUACACACACACAAACACACCGACACACAGACACUCGCAUACACACCCAGUCUUACAAUCGGACCGUUACCGUACCGGUAGGAGUGGAGACAAUACGCGGCGCCCGCGCGCCAGCCAGCUGUUGAUGUAUUACUGUGCGCGCGCCACCCAGCCGUUAAACUCUGGUCAGUCAGUCCCCGUCUGCUUUCAUGUGAUGUGAUUGAGCAAACUGGCUGAGACUUGGCCACCCGUUUGUGUAGGGCUGUUGUAACGCUUUGUCGGUUGCAUGUCCAUGACUUUUGCUCACUGUGGCUUUCUCUUCAUAGCCACGUUACCUUUUAUAUUAAGUCCAUGUACAAAAGUGUGGCGCGUUGUAUCCCCGAUUAUGUUAUCACGUUGUUUUUCAAGUGAUUCGCCGUGAAUGGUGACGUUAGAUUUAGAACUUGUGGCGAGGCGUGCUAGAGAGCCGUACUAAGGGUGGUAACUUAAACAACCUACUGUGGGCCGAAAGGCAUCCGUGAUCUCUUGUUAUUACUGUUGAAAUAAAUUGUAUGAAAUGCUCGAA